AACCGACCAGCGGACUUUUUACUCCCAUAACACCUCUCGCGUUUUCCUCCCGCCGCUUGAUCUAUCAUAUUUGCCCCCCAAGGCAUUAAAAGGACAAUCGCAAUCAUGGGAGGUGUUACCGUUCGUGAUGUGGAUGCGCAAAAGUUCAUCGCGGCAUACUCCGCUUUCCUGAAGAGACAAGGCAAAUUGCCAAUUCCAGGAUGGGUCGAUACUGUUAAGACAUCAAAAGGCAAGGAGCUUCCUCCUCAAUCUAUCGACUGGUACUACGUUCGCGCUGCUUCCGUUGCCCGGCACAUCUACCUCCGCAAGACUGUCGGUGUUGGCCGUCUACGGAAAGUCCACGGAAGUCAGAAGAACCGUGGCUCCCGUCCCUCCCAUCAUGUCGAUGCUAGCGGUUCCGUGGACCGGAAAGUAAUCCAAUCGCUGGAGAAGAUUGGCGUGCUCGAACUCGAUGAGGAGAAAGGUGGACGGAGAAUUACCCAGAGUGGCCAGCGGGAUUUGGACCGCAUUGCCAAGACGACGGUCGAUGAGGAGGAGGAGGAUGAGGAGUAGUGUCCUUUUGAAAUGUGUUGUAUAUUUGUGUGUGAGAGGGUGGGGAGAAUAGAGAUAUCCCGAGAGGGCCGGCGGCGGAUCCUUGGAUCUGGUUUCUGUCACAUCCCCGACUCAGAAGCGUUGUAUUUCGGAGAAAAUCAGGAAAGAGAUAUCAUUCACCAGGGAAAUGCAAGGAAAGGAGAGGAAAGACGAUGAUAAAUUCUGGGCCAACGGCAUGAAUCCAGCGAUUUCUCUUCAGGCGUUCAUAAUGAAUUGCGGCGUGUGGGGACUUACGUUGACGCGGAAUGCAUGGCAAUAUAAAGAGACCAAAAAUCAUAAGAUUGACGGAGGGCAUAGCGGGGUUUUUUCUGUUUUGUUGUAAUUUUCCCCUUUUGUCUUUGAAUCGAAACUACACGCAUGCCUAAUAAGUCUAUUUUGCCUUCCUCUUUCUUCCCUGCUGCGCAUGGCCCUCUACUCUCCUUCCCCGAAUAUCUCAACAAUGCUCAGCUCUCUUGCUUGACCUCCUUGUACUGGAAAUAUCAUAUUGAUUUUAUUGAUUUUAUUUAUCCCUCUUGUUUUUUACUGCCAUUUCCUUUUCCUCCGCCUUAACUCGCCGGAUAUCAACAUGAAAUUUACUUCUAAAAUCGUUGACAAAAGAAAAGAAGAAAAAGAAAUCCAAAAAGUAUCCACAAAAG